GAGAGCAGUGAACGAGAUCUACAUACCCUAGAGUUUUAACUUGAACGCUCUAUAGCUCUUUGACUUUUAAAAAGCAAAUGAAGGGAAACAUCAUCAGAAUCGUACUCUCCAAACGAUAGAACGUGCAGCAUCAUAUACACACGUCUGCAAGAUCAGGGUAGAUCACUCCACCAUGACCAUGCUAUUACGCUCAAGAUUCUGCGCCAAUCUCCGCCUACCCCUCACCCUACCUUCCUCAACUCGCCUCCUCACCACUCCAACAUCUCAUAAUCGUGAACACGGGCAUGCCGGAAGAGUAUGGUCGUGGGGUAUCGGGGUGGACGGUAAACUGGGACAUGGCGAUCAGAGUCUGGUGACGUGUCCUAAAAUUGUGGACGAGCUGGAUGGGUGUCGAGUUCAAGCAGUCUCCUGUGGAGCGACGCAUUCUGUUGCGCUUUUGAAAGGUGUGAGUAACGGCCAGGUGUUUGCUUGGGGCUCCAACUUUUAUGGUCAGGCAGGCUACAUCCCAGAACAUUCGGGAUUUUUUGACGAAGACGAUGACGAUCAAGUUUCGCUUCCCACUCGAGUAAAGGGCGAGCUGACGAACGAGGACGUUGUUGAUGUUGCGUGUGGGGACUAUCAUACCGUUGCGUUGGCGAAAAGUGGUAAAGUCUAUACCUGGGGAGGAGGUCUUCUUGGAAAUGCAAGCGAGCUCAACGACUCCAAUCCCCAACCCCUAACUUUCUUUCACGACAUUGGACGACGUGUCCUUUCCAUAUCAGCUCACGGACCCACUACAGCCGUCCUUGCCGUCCCAUCCGGGAAUCUGACAGCUCCUCUUGAAGUGUAUGCAUGGGGAUACAUUGCUGCCCCCAACGGCACGUUGCUAAAAGCCACCAGCCCCGUGUUGCUCGCAGGGGCGUUAAAGUCGCGGGUUGAGAGCGUCGUGGCUGGGAGAGGGUGUUUAGGUGUGAUAAGUGUAGAUGGUCAGAAGCGGACAUGUACGGUAUUUGGAGUUGGGGGAGGACGAGCGCCGAGAGAUUUAUUUGUAGAGCAAAAAUCGGAGAACGUUGUGGACAUUUUGGAGGGGCAACAGAGCGGGGUGGUGCAUUGGGGAACUGGAAUGAAGAAGAUUGCUUUUGGGGAUGACUUUGGCUUGCUAUUACAAGAGAAUGGUACCCUCAACACCCUUCGCCUCUCAAGCACCGCAACUGUAUCAGAUCCCGAACCGCUGCAACUAACCAACAUUAUCGACAUGUCCAUCGGACCACAGGCAGUCGUCUGUCUUGAUUCUGCAGGCCAGAUAUUUGCCUGGGGCGAUGAGUUCUUGUUUUCCCAAUCUAAACAAGACGAACCAAAGAGCUGGUGGGAAAUUUGGCGAGAUCGGGGACAAGAGCAGCAUAAAGAACAAGUUCAGAAAAAGUCGUUAAUUGACAAGAUUGUGACGGAGGAGCCGAGACGAGUUGGGGUUUGUCAAGGGGCGCGGGGUGUUGCGGUUGGCUGGGAUCACUUUUUGUGUCGUGGAUUGGAUCAAGCGGGAGACAUAUGAUGGUGCAGUUUGGCAGACUUUUGCAGGUUUCGUAAGUUAUUUAGAGCAAGUAGUAAUAGAGGGUGAAAAAGAUGUGAAUUUUGCAACAAUAUCAUGAAAUGGUGAUUGGAAUGUGGUGGUAAUGAUGCCGAGUCUGUUAUAACAUCAAUAAACACCUGAUAUACAUGAUGGAAAGGAA